UGUGAAUUUGAAGAAAAAAAAUGGCAAACGCAAUAACAUUGUUGUUCAUCACAGUACUAGUAUGUUGCACCAAUAACAUACUAGUCUCAGCUUGGAAUGAACCAGGAGAAGAAGUGAUUCAUGUGGGAGGAAAAGUGAUGUGCCAAGAUUGUAGCCAGGGCUGGAAUGAAUGGGUCAAGGGUGAUAAGCCAAUCAAAGGAGCUAAGGUGUCUCUAACUUGUUGGGACAAGAGAAACCGUGCUGUGUAUUAUACAAGUGAUACAACUGAUGUGUUGGGAUUAUACGACAUGACAGUGGACAAGUAUGUCAACGGCAAAGAAUUGGAUGUAAAAGGAUGUUAUUUGAGGUUAGUGUCGUCUCCUGACGAUGUUUGCAACAUUCUCACUGAUUUUGGUGGUGGAAAGUCUGGUUUCAAGCUCAGCAACCCGACAUCAGUUUAUCGUAGUUUGAUCAAAUAUGAGGCUGCUACUUUUUAUUAUACUACUCCUAUGUGUGAUAUGCCUGAGACUGAUAAUUCGUAUGGUUCUGAAACUAAAGAUCCUCGAGGACAAAGACAAGGAGGUUAUUAUUAAUGGGAUGUUUUCUUGUUUGGUUUUAAUGUGAAUGAUUAUGGUUAUUCUUCUUUUUGUUUAUAAAAUUUUGCAAGGAAUUUGUGAAAAAAUGUCCACGUGUAGUUAUUCCUUGUUACCAAUAUUUGAAAUGGGAAGUCGUAUUUCGUAGUAUCAGAUAAAUAGUUUCUAUUUACUAUGUACAAUUAAGCAGUUUCACAUUAGAAAUAUUUGAAUGCACGAUAAC